AUGGUUACUACUCGGAAAACUAAGGCCAGAGUCACCACAGCCUCUCACCGCCGUCCACCACCGGAGCCUGAGUUUCCGGUAAAGAAGUUCUUUCAGUUGGUUUUACCCUCUGCAACGAAGAGAAACAUGAUGAGGAUUCCGACAAGAUUUGUGAAGCUACACGGAUCUAACCUCUCUGAGUUUGCUACAUUGGAGACUCCUAUGGGAUUCAAGCGUUCGAUAAAGCUUAAACGGAUUGGUGAAGAGAUUUGGAAACUCGAGUUUACGUUUAACAAUCUUCCACUGGAUGCAGUUCAUAUCAGUGACAAUGACGAGAUAAUCGACCUUACAGACGAAGGGUUUCUUGGAGCUCAAGGUACAAGGGAAAAUAAUCAAUCUGUUAAUGUUGGUGAUUCAGAGCACAAACUCAAGAAGUCACCAAGAGACAUUGAGUUUGAGAACAUUCUUAACGGUAAGAAACCAAAACAAUCGGACUUUGUUCUUGAUAAUAAUGUUACACGUAUGAAGAUGAGGAUCUGA